AUGGAUUCAGCUAUUCCGCGUCCUGAUGUUGGCGUUCAACGAAGAAAGCUGCGAGAAGUCAGCCAUCUGCAGAUACCGCUAUGCAAUGUACAAAACAUCAUUGACCUCGGCGAACAGGGCGAGGUUUGUGUCACAAAUGAUGAAGGCCAAAGCGAGACACUAGUGGCAGAUUUGAUCAUCGGUGCUGAUGGCACUUCAUCGACGGUCCAUAGCAUCGUGCUUCCACAGACGAAGCGAACGUACGCUGGAUACGUACUCGUGCGUGGCCUUGUGCCAACUGAAGAGCUUUCGGACGAUGCAAUCAGAGUCAUGGACUUUUCUGCAACAUUGUGCUGGAACCGUAACUCUCAAAUGCUAUCAUAUACCGUUCCGGCACGCAAAGAUGGUCCGCCCAACUCCCACAAUUUUCUGAAUUGGGGUUGGUACGUGAAGAAGACGGAGGAAGAAUUGAAUGAACUGAUGACGGACGGCGACGGCCAAAGACAUCACUACACUCUACCACAAGGAGGCAUGCGAGCGCACCUGGCUGACGAGAUCAGAAUGACGGCGCAAGAUGAGCUCUCACCUCAGUUUGCAGAGGCUGUAGAGAAAACUAAGUUGCCGUUCGUUCAAGUCGUCACAGAUUCUGGGGCACCAAGUAAUGUGUUCUCAGAUGGCAAGAUCCUUCUCGUCGGGGAUGCGGCCGGAGGUCAAAGACCGCAUGCAGGUUCAGCUGUCACUAUGGCCUGUUUCCACGCACACCUUCUCAGGCUGCUUCUGCAGGGCCUAAUGUCCCUUGACGAAUGGAGUCGGGAAACACAGUUCGUCUCUUCCGCAUUAGUAAAGGCUGGUCAAGAGCUAGGGUCGAUUUGCCUCUCGACGGACCUCGACCCAAGCGAGAAGGCGAAGUCAUUUCUUGGAGGUUCGUUAGCCGCGCAGAAAUUGCUAACUGAGAAGUGGAUGCAGUUUUGGAAGGAGAAUAAAUGA